AUGAAGUACGCACUUGCACUCCUCGCCUUGGCUGCCGCUGCCACUGCAGCUCCAACUGCUUCUCCAAACGCUGCUCCUGAGGCCGCCCCCGAAGCUGCUCCUGCAGCUGACGGCUAUGGCAAAUACGCCUCGUACGGCACAUACCCACCGCCAAAGGAUGGCUAUGGCAAGUAUGCCAGUUAUGGCAAAUACGGAGCCGCCAAGCGUGACGCUGAGCCUGAGGCUACACCGGCCGAUGGCUAUGGCAAGUACGCCUCUUACGGUAUGUUCGCUGCACUCCCUUCGCCGCAUGUAGUUGAUCACGUGUAGGCACUUACCCGCCACCGAAAGACGGCUAUGGCAAGUACGCCAACUACGGAAAGUACGGCGCUCAGAAGAGGGAGGCAGAGCCCGAGGCGAACCCUGACGGCUACGGCAAGUACGCCGACUAUGGCAGCUAUCCUCCACCUAAGGAUGGCUACGGAAAGUACGCCAGUUAUGGCAAAUACGGAGCCGCCAAGCGUGAUGCUGAACCUGAGGCUGCACCGGCCGAUGGCUACGGCAAGUACGCUUCAUAUGGCACAUACCCUCCACCCAAGGAUGGCUACGGAAAGUACGCCAGCUACGGAAAGUACGGCGCACAAAAGCGUGAAGCAGAGCCUGAGCCGGCUGCCGAUGGCUACGGCAAGUACGCCGACUACGGCAGCUACCCUCCACCCAAGGAUGGUUACGGAAAGUACGCCAACUACGGCAAAUACAGCGCCAAGCGAGAGGCCGAGGCCGAGCCCAAGCCCGAGCCCGAGCCCGAGGCUCAGGAGUGA